GAAAAAAUCAUUUUGGCAUUGCAGCCUGGUUGGCUCGACCUUCUCUGGUCAUUGUUGACAUCCGGACAGUACACUUGAGGCUGCGUGACAACUACAUUCGAUUCCUGGCUGCGGGAAGCGAGCAUAGCUCUUUUGUGAGAGCUGCCCACAAAAAAACAACUUAGCAAAGGCGUCGCAGCGAGAAACGCCGCCGCAGCGAGCCAACAACAGAACAAUGCGGACGACCGCCGUCGUCGCGCUCGCGCUCUGCGUGACAGCAAACCCGCGCUGCGCGAACCAGCACCCCGAGUGCGACAACUGGGCGAAGCAGGGCGAAUGUGUUAAGAACCCAUCGUACAUGGACAAGAGCUGCGCGGCGGCGUGCGGCGUCGACUGUACCAAAGCCAAGGACUGUUUUGGAUUUGAAAUUGAUCUCUAUGGCGACGAGAUGACGGACCACGACAGAGAUACGUUCGCGAACAACCUGCGGAUCAACCAGCACCAGCCGCCGACGGUGCCGCAGUUUACGGAGCUCGGGCACAAGCUCGUUCGCAUCCCGGAGCCUCUGCGGUCGCGGCUGUUUCAACAUAGACAGCUCAUGCUCGACCGCGAUUUGUUGAGGCGGGAGGGUUGUACCAGAGGCUACCUGAACAACUGCGGGCGGCAUCCUACAUUGACGAUGCCCUUAGAUAGGGACUUGACGCGCGAGAUCAACCGGGCGACGGCUUCGGUACUAGAGGACUGGAUAGGGAGAGAAAAAUGGGGUAGCUUAGUGCACACGUCGACGUACGGCAUUCGGCGGUACACGAACGGCUCGACGCUCCAAGCGCACGUCGACGUCGUCGCGACGCACGCCGUCUCCGCGAUCCUGAACGUGGGCCAGGACGUGGAUAGCGAUUGGCCUUUACAAAUCAUGGGGCACGACGGCACCGCGCACUCGGUAGUCAUGGCGCCGGGCGACAUGGUCCUCUACGAGUCCGCGAAGGCCAUCCAUGCGAGGAUGAUCCCCCUGAACGGGACGAGCUACGACAACGUCUUCGUCCACUUCCGGCCCUCCAAAGGGUGGGAGAGAUUCGUGGACGUGCCGAACGGAGGCGUGGUGGCGGACCACGUCGAGCUCUGAUCCGGUCCCUUGUGUAGCUUCUCUGCGUAAGUGAAUGAAUGUGUGAAUCUUGAGCUCUGAUCUGGCCGCGUG